GUUGACUUCGUCUAAUUAAAAAUUCGACUAUAGAUACGGCUAUGAAGUUCCAAGUUACAAAUAGAAAAUAUAAGAAGUUGUAAGUGAAGAAAAAUUUAAAUUGGUAAUUCUAAUAAUAUCAAGAUAGCAUUUGAACAUAGAUUAAUCAGUUAACGUAAAUAGUCUUCCUAGUCCUUUUUCUUUUGUUAAAAAUAUUUGAACUAAUAUUACCUCUUAAGCUUAAUUUGAUUUGUACAGCUGUACAUAUAAAAUGACUGGAGAAUCAGAGAGAACUUAUUGCUUCAAAACCGAAAAUAAGUUCAUUGUUAAAAGUGGAUGUAAAAAGCGGAUGUGGAGAUCAUUAAAGCAAAUAUUGGUUGCAGACAGGGCUUUACCAUGGACAGAGGAUGCGGUUCUUUAUUAUUCAAUAAAUGCCCCUCCAACUUUUAAACCAACUAAAAAAUACUCUGAUAUAUCUGGAUUACCAGCACCUUAUAUGGAUCGUCACUCAAAACUUUACUAUAGUAAUGCUGAAGAGUUUGCAACUGUUAGAAACCUUCCAAUGGAUAUUACAGCGGGAUAUUUACAAUUAAGAGGAGCUACAACAAUUGUUGGAUAAAAUACAUAAGCAUAAAUGUAUUAAAAUGGUGUUAAACUACAGAAAAGUUGCAAUUCUUUCACCAAACGGCGAUUCGCGGAUAUGUUCUCGCUCGCACAUUCCACUGCAAUGGUACUUGUACUUCCUCAUAUCUUGAAGAUUUGUGUCUUGCUUUUAUUGAAGUGAAACUUCUUUAGACGCAUGAGGGUACAUUUUUUCGGAAAUGUCACGAAGAUGUGCAGCGUUUUUGUCUAAGAAAAGGGAGAGAGCGAUUGAG